CAAUCAUGAAGGCAACAUGUAGACGAUGUUCCACAUUCGACUGCAAUCUCCAUUGCUUGAAUGAGAGCAGUAUAUAUGCUUCCAUUAUCCGUUCAUUCACGUUCACACUCAACAACAAACACCAGCGCAGAAUAGACAGCCAUUGCUUUGAUUUCAACUAAACACAUAGAAUAUCUUAUUUCUUCAACUUCUUGAACAUUUACAAAAAUGGCCACCAUUCCGGAACAGUGCACGGUGCUGGUAAUUGGUGGCGGACCAGCAGGCUCUUAUGCUGCUUCGGCUCUUGCUCGAGAGGGCAUCGAAGUAGUCCUCCUUGAGGCAGAAAAAUUCCCGAGAUAUCACAUUGGCGAAAGCAUGCUUCCCUCUAUGCGACACUUUCUCAAAUUUAUCGAUGCCUACGAAAAGUGGGAUGCCCAUGGGUUUAAUAUCAAGAAAGGCGGUGCUUUCCGUCUCAAUUGGACUCGACCAGAAACAUACACGGACUUCAUCGCAGCCGGCGGACCUGGAGGCUACGCCUGGAACGUUGUUCGAUCCGAGGCAGACGAGUUGCUGUUCAAGCAUGCAGCGGAGUGCGGCGUCAAGACAUUUGACGAAACCAAGGUAGCCUCCAUUGAGUUUGCUCCAGCUACUUUUGACUCUCAGAGCCUGGGUCGCCCCGUAUCCGCCACUUGGACUCGCAAAGAUGGCAGCUCUGGCACAGUUUCAUUUGACUACGUCGUAGAUGCGUCAGGACGAGCAGGUUUGAUCAGCACCAAGUAUCUGAAGAAUCGAUCAUAUAACCAGGGCCUCAAGAAUGUUGCUAGCUGGGGCUAUUGGAAGAAUGGCGGAGUUCAUGGUGUUGGAACGCACAAAGAGGGCGCACCGUACUUCGAAGCACUCAAAGACGGUAGUGGGUGGGUUUGGUUCAUCCCUCUCCACAAUGGCCGCCACUCAGUUGGAGUUGUUCAAAACCAGGAAAUGGCCGCCAAGAAGAAGCGAAAAAUGGCUGAGCCAUCUUCCAAAGGCUUCUACGUUGAAUCUCUGGACCUCGUUCCCGGCAUCAAAGAACUACUUGCCAACGCCGAACUCGUUUCGGACAUCAAGUCAGCGUCUGACUGGUCCUACAGUGCCUCGAAAUAUGCAUUCCCGGGUGUUCGUAUCGCCGGAGAUGCUGGUUCUUUCAUUGACCCUUUUUUCUCCUCGGGCGUACACCUGGCUCUUUCAGGCGGUCUGUCGGCAGCUACAACAAUCGCUGCGGCCAUUCGAGGAGAUUGCAGUGAGGAAGUUGCCUCAUCGUGGCACGAUAAGAAGACAGCCGAGAGCUACACUCGCUUCCUCGUGGUAGUCUCGAGUGCAUUGAAGCAGAUCAGGUCUCAAGACGAGCCUGUUAUCAAUGACUUCGAUGAGGAGACCUUUGAAAGAGCAUUUGAUCUCUUUAGACCCAUUAUCCAAGGUCAAGUUGAUGCAGACGCCAGAGGAAAGCUGACCCAGGCCGAAAUUUCCAAGACUGUAGAAUUCUGCUUCAAAGCAUUUGCCCAUGUCUCCUUCGAGGAGAAGGAAGCCUUGGUGAAGAAGCUCAAGGAACUCGGCCUCGAUGGCGAUGCUUACGAUGAGAGCAACCGCAAGGCUCUCGAUGAACUUGAGAAGAAGCUGACACCUGAAGAGCAGUCUAUUCUCAAGACACUCAAGGGACGUCGCAUGGUCCGCCCGGAGGAUUCGCUCAACAUUGACAACUUCACUCUUGAUUCUAUUGAUGGUCUAGCCCCACGCCUUGAGCACGGUCAACUAGGAUUGACCGUGGCUAAGAAAGCAGAAGUCAGCUUCACACGUCAUGACCCACUUUCAUUCCUCAAUGGCGAAUCGAAGACUGUAAAGAAGGCAUUGCAAAAUGGUCAUGUUGAGACGAAUGGGAGCAGCGAGGCUCACAGCGAUAAUGCCACUAACGGGGACAAGCCUUUGAAUGGGAACAGCAAAAAUGAAGAUCAGUCAGUUGCAAGUCUCGUGGCAGGCCUCGUGGCUUCCGAAAAGAGUAUUCCGCCAGCAUCCCUUGACGAAUCCAACAGGCACCGCUUGAUUGCGUCGUUGCAAGAAUCUGCAGAGGAACUUGAAACUCCUUACGACAGUAUGCUGCGCUUCCUCAAUGCUGGUCGGCAAAUUGCACUUAUUAAGAUUGGUGGUGAUCUUGGAGUCUUCAAGUCUCUAGCGGAGAGCAAGACGCCUUUGUCUUCCGAGGAGCUGGCCAAGCCCACCAUGGCUGACCCGACUCUUGUUGGCCGCAUCAUGCGCUACUUGGUUGCUAAUCGCCUUGCUGCAGAGACUGCUCCGGACCAAUAUGUAGCCAGGAAGAUGACGUACGCUUUGGCAGAUCCUCGAAUCGAGAGCCCCAUGCGCUUCUUCCAUGCAGUCAGCAGCCCUGCCUUCCAAGCGCUGCCCGACUUCCUGAAGGAGACGGGAUACCAAAACCGAUCACAGGCUUCUGCUCUUCAAAAAGGCCUCAAUACGGAACUGGGCCUCUUUCCUUGGUUGAAGCAGCACCCAGACCUGUUGAAGGACUUCCAAAGCCUUAUGGGUAUCCCCAAAGAAGGUAACUGUCUCGAUGUGAUUCCGCUCGAAUCUACUGUGAUCAGCGAUCACGAAGGUCCGGUAUUCGUGGAUAUUGGCGGUAACACUGGCCACCAAGCAAAGCAUUUACUGGCCAAGUAUCCUAAACUGGCUGGUCGAGUGGUGGUUCAGGACCGUGAGGAGACUAUCAAGAAUGCCUCGGACGUCAAGGGAUUCCAGCUGAUGGCACAUGACUUCUUCAACACACAGCCCGUCAAGGGAGCCAAGUACUAUUACCUGCGAGCCAUUCUCCACAACUGGGAUGACGAUAAGGCGGCUCAGAUCCUGUCUAACAUUGUCCCGUCCAUGUCGGCUGAUUCACUGGUGCUAAUCGAUGAGGUUGUCAUUGCCGAUCAGGGAUCUCAUGUUUGGCCUGCAGGUCUUGAUCUCCAGAUGUACACAUUAUUUGGAUCUUCCGAGCGGACUGCGUCACAGUGGGAUUCUAUUCUUGACCGUGCUGGACUCCGUCCAGUAGCAGUCAAGAAAUAUGCCCCAGUUAUGGGAAGCUCCGUCAUCUUUGCUGCCCCGAAGUUGGUGGAUGCAAGCUUGAACGAGCAGCAUUCGUUGGCGGAUACAUAUGUUUCCAAGCCCACGACUGUUACUGUCAACUGAGACGUCAAAGUUGCUGCUUACUUAUCAGGAGUAGCUCAAUGGUGCUAUUUGAUGAACAACUCGACUACUUGGUGUAACUCUCAUAUAGCAAAGCUUACAUGUAGUAACUAUAGUUACCUAAGAAGCUUAGAUAGAAGCCCAU